AUGUUUUAUUUUAUGUUAGAGAGCAGCGGGUCGCAGAUCUUCAGUGAGUGGCGACAAGAUGUAUCCAUGUCCGGACUGAGCCCGCCCUUCGACACGGCCUUCUACACGGUGCGAGUGUCUGUCACCAGCAACCUGCAGGACAUCGUUAAGACUAGACGUACCCUCCACCUGGGCCUGUGUUUACCCCAGAGUUGUUCACGAGAGAGUGUGGGUGAGUUAGUGGGAGCAGCUCACGCUCCGCUGUUGCGUCAGGCCGUGGUCGCCGUGAGGUCGCCGCAGCACGGAGGAUACUCUUACCUACAGGACCCCACCUUCCAAGUACUGCUUGGCGUAUGCUCGUGCGUGGCGGUGUUACUGGUGACGGCGACGGCGUACGACAUGCGCCUGGCGCGCGCGGUGCAGCGGCAGCGCCGGCGCGCCCACAACAUGAGCUCCGCCGACAGCUCCCCGCGCGCGGACCUCAAGCUCGACCUCGACGGACUAGACGACAUCAAGGUUGCAAACGGCAAAAAAAUGUACAACGUAAAUAACAACAUCGCAAUCAACAGCAACACUUCAGAGGAGCGGCUCACCGCUGAAACAGCUUCCACUCACGAAGAACUGAAACUGAGUGUAUGGUCGCAGCUGCUGCUCUCGUUCUCCAUGAAGGCCAACAUCCUGCAGAUCUUCGAUCAAACAGUUGGCGCGGACACGGUGCCCGUCGUGCACGGCCUGCGCUCACUGUCCAUGGUGUGGGUCAUAUUCGGACACACAUGCAUCGUCGUCUUCAAGUACGCUGAUAACACUGCUUUGCGCGCGAUCUUGGAGAAGAGCUUCUGGUUUCAGCUCAUCCUCAGCGCUGUUUACAGCGUGGACACAUUCUUCUGUCUUGGAGGCAUGCUGGUAUCGUUCCUAUACUUCAGGACCAAUUCCAAGGGUAAACUGGAUCUACUGACGAAGGGUCACCACAAACUCACCUCCGGCGUGCUGCAGUUCCUCGGCCUCAUGGGAUACAGAUUCGCCAGACUAACAGCCCCGUACCUAUUCAUGCUGGGCGUGGUGGAAGUGACGAUGAAGUGGUUCGCUCACAACGCGGUGUUCGAGCCCCCCGCGAUGGACCACGAGACCUGCCCGCAAUACUGGUGGAGGAACCUGCUCUACAUCAACACGCUUUUCCCCGUCGAACAGAUGUGUAUGCUGUGGAGCUGGUACUUAUCAGACGAUACACAAUUCUACGCUGUCAGUGCUAUCCUUCUUAUAUUAGCGACCAGCCACUUCAAACUCUCCGUGUCCUUAACUGGUGUGUUCUUCGUCUCUUCACUGUUCACGACUGGUUACGUGUCAUGGAGUAACGAACACGUCCCUAACAGCGAGGAUCCGUUCACGCAAUUCGACAAGAUAUACGACAAGCCCUGGACCAGACUUGGACCAUACCUUGUUGGCAUGGCCACUGGCUGGAUACUGUUCAAGACCAACUUGAAGAUUAGAAUGAACAAAAUAUGGGUAUGCAUAGGCUGGACAGUUUGCACGGCCACGUUACUGUUCCUGAUCUUCGGUCUAUAUCAGACGGAGCUGGGAGUGGCGGCGGCAGCUAUAUAUAGCGCGCUCUCUCACUCACUGUGGGCCGCGCUGGGUGCGCGUGUUGCUGUCGGCGCCGGUGUUGUACCCAUUCUCGCGCGUGACGUACUGCGCGUACCUGGUGCACCCCGUCGUGCUGCGCUACGUCGCGAUGCACCUCACGCACCCCAUACACCUCGGGGAACUGCUAGUGUUCGUCUUGUUCCUGGGGCUGACGGUGAUAUCGUACGCGCUCGCGUUCAUUAUCUCGGUCGCGUUCGAGGCGCCCAUAGUCACGAUGCUCAAAAUUGUAUCCCCCCAGAAGAAACCGCACCGAGUCUGACCAAACGCGUACAAAGAUAACACUAGUUUUUAGAUUAUAUCGACGACGAUGUGACCAGACUGAACAAAUAUUCUUAAGGGUGGAAGGGUCCACUGGUAAUGUAUGGAACGGAAAUGCUCAUCCGUAUCGAUGCAAACUUGCAAAACACAAUGAUUAUGUGAUGUUAUUAUAAUAACAAAUUAAAAAUAAUAUUCUCUCAUUGAUUAUCACAAAUUUGAAUCGUUUGAAAAAGCCAUUAUUACUUAGUUGUUAAACCAGA